GCGAGCCUGGGCCGCUGGUGGGCCCAGCGUGACGACGGGUGGUGGCUGCGGGCCUGGCCUGGCCGUGGUGAAGCAGUGGCGGGCCCAGCCGAGGCGGCAAGGCGGCCGGCGGCCGGCCCUGAUACCAGGGCAGAAGGUGGGGGUGGGGGAGAGGUAGCCGGCCUGUGGCCGGCCGCAAAGACUGGCAAGCGGUGGCAGUGGGCAUGGCAGGCCGCGGAGGCGGCACUUGGUGUGGCGGGCCCGCUGGCAGGACAGGCUGUGGAGGCGGCUCUCGGCCAGUCAGCACCGGGACCAGCCGUCAAGGCCAGGAGGGGCCUGUGGGAGACUGGAGUAGGAGGGAACCAGGCAGCGGGACUUUCCUGUUUGCCGCCCGGGAGGAGGAGCGGCAGCCCGUGCACCCCUGACAUACUUCACAGUGGCGUAAGAAUGUAAGAUGUAAUACAGGAAAGCCUUGGUCUUCGCAGGGAUUCUGUUCCCAGCUAGUGCCGCAGAUGCUGAAACUACAAAUACUCAGGUUUGUUACCUCCAGGGAUGGAGAGAGAGAGAGAGAGAUGGCCUGAGGUGAUGUAUGUGAAGAAGCCAUGUGAACGUUUUGAAGCUUCCUCAUGAGAUGGUCUAGGACUUGUAGAGAGCAACACCCUGAUCCGAAAUUCAUUAUUCAGACAUCAGUCCUGCCAAAAUCAAUGGGAUCUUAUCGAACAAUGAAGGUGUAUGCUCAGCUCUGCCCAACUCCAUGCUAUUGCCCUUGGCUCCCUCCCCAAUGCCCUCCCGGCUCCCCCUUGGUUCUGGAUGGAUGCGGCUGCUGCAACAUCUGUGCCCGCAGGCUGGGAGAGCCCUGCAACUACCUUCACGUGUGCGAUAAGAGCCAGGGACUUAUCUGUGAUUACAGCAACACUCCUAUGGGGAGGAGAGGAACCUGCAACUUCGAGGAGGGUGAUGACAGCUGCGAAGCAAAUGGCAAGAUCUACCAGGAUGGGGAAGUGUUCCAGCCAAGCUGUAAGCUUCAGUGCCGCUGCACAGGAGGAGGGUUCACGUGCAUCCCCCUCUGCAGCGAGGACGUUCGCCUCCCCUCUCCAGACUGCCCUCAUCCAAGACGUGUGGAGGUCCCAGGGAAGUGUUGCCAGGAGUGGAUUUGUGAGAGGCAAGAGAGGCAGAUCUUGCAGAAUACCAUGGCAGCACACAGGCAGCCUGGGAUAGCAUCGAUAGCCAUCCCCUAUCCAUGUGAAGCAUGGAGCACUGCGUGGUCUGCCUGCUCAACUACGUGUGGCAUAGGGAUUUCAACGCGAGUGUCGAAUCAGAAUCCGUACUGCAGGCUUGAAACUCAGAGGCGCUUGUGCACCCACGGACCUUGCCAGGGUCUGUUUGGAAUAGCCAGCAUGAGAGGAAGAGGAAGCCGCUUGUAAACUGCUCUGCCCCAUUCAGAAGUUGCUGUCCUGGCUUUAUCCCAGCAGCUGGAUCGUUAUCAACCCAGGCUGCUCUUGUUUCUCUGGUGAUGAGAGUCUUGCCUAGGAAUGGAGAGGAGACAGGACUGUUAGCCAUAGCUGGAAAGGAGUGAGAAAACUCAAGAGCAACUUCUCAUCACAGCCGACAUCCAUCUUCCUCCUUGAUUCCACUGCGGUUACGCCAGACAAUGUUAUCGUUCCGUGAGAAAAAACAGACCUUAUGUUUUAUACUGUGCAGUGCUGAUGUGUUCCUUGCCAGCUUGUGGCUACUAUUAUAAAUCCAUCUGUUGGGGAAAUGAUGCUUUGCUGAUACCGUAAUUCAUGGAACCCUGCCUUGCUAUUUCCUCUACAUUAUCCCUCCAGCGAAGAAUAAUCCUGGUGACUGGGCAGGUGAGAGAGCCACCAUUUUUCAAAAUAGAGUCUUGCUAGAAAUCAAUAAAUAAAAUGCAACAACAAACCGCCUGAGGAUGGAUUGA